AUGCCUGCACACCCUGAUUCGAAUGUUCACCCCGAGGCCACUGGCCCCGCCAAAGCGCUAGUUGAGAAGCAUCGCGAGGAGCAGCCACUGAAGUUGUAUGCGGGAUGGUUCUUCCAACGGGUCUGGCUAGCUCUCGAGGAGAAACAAAUUCCCUAUCAGUACAUUGAAGUCAAUCCAUACAACAAACCUGAAUCUCUUCUCUCUCUCAACCCUCGUGGCCUGGUUCCAACCCUUUCGUGUCCGACUGACCCACAGCCCCGACCACUCUACGAGUCAACCGUGAUCCUCGAGUACCUGGAAGAAGCCUAUCCUACCCAUGAACCGCACUUGCUCCCACAAGAUCCUUAUGAGCGCGCUCGUACCCGGAUCUGGAUUGACUACGUCACGUCGCGCAUCAUUCCGUCUUUUCACCGCUUCCUGCAAUACCAGCCUGCAGAGGGGGAUGGUGCAGGGUGCGAUACAGGACUCGACAAAAUACGGCAAGAAUUCCUGGGCCUUCUCAAAGCCUGGACAAAGGAAAUGCACCCCGAGGGACCAUUCUUCCUGGGUUCCGAGGUAAGCUUGCCCGAUCUUGUCCUUGCGCCAUGGGCGGUGCGCCUGUGGGUGUUUGACGACUUCAAGAGCGGCGGAUUGGGAAUUCCAGCCAAAGGACAGGGUGGACUAGAUGAGGAAGCAUGGAAUAGGUGGAGGAAAUGGGUCUCUGCUCUCGAGAACCGGAAGAGUAUUCAGGAGACAACGAGCGAGAAGGAGCAUUACCUGCCUAUCUACAAAGUUCAAGACUGCCAUGAGGCCAUGGGCGUUGAUCGUGCACGUGAUGAGCAACUCCGCCUGCUGGGAGUGUCCUGGAUUGCUAGUGUCCGGAAGGCCCUCCACCUUCCUGUGCGAACUUUCAACACUGCUGCGUGCUACUAUCACAAAUUCAGACUGGUGCAUCCACAUGCUGAUUACAACUAUGUGGAUGCCGCUGCAGCUGCACUGCUCAUUGCCUGCAAGAUUGAGGACACGCUAAAGAAGUCUCGAGAGGUUGUGUGCGCGGCCUACAACCUCAAGUUGCCUACUUCCGAGCAUCUGACCCCCGAUGACCCUGUAUUUGAAGCGACUUCCCGUAGUGUCAUCGGCCUCGAGCGGCUUAUGCUGGAAUCUUUUGGCUUUGACUUCCGUACACGCCACCCCCAAGGGUUCCUUCUCAAGAUUUCUCUUGAGUACGGAUUUACAAAGGAUUCGGACAUUUACCACGUGGCCUACCGGAUUUCCCUCGAUCUGUAUCGAACCUUUGUCCCUCUCAAACAGGUCGCGACGACCAUGGCGCUCAGCUGCCUUGAGCUGUCGUGCCGGCUCUUUGACCACCGCUGCGAGCCUCUCGAGACUGGAGAGCACUAUGAGAAGUACAACACGAAGCGCGCAGCAAUCAUGGAAACCCUCCUUGAUAUGCUUGAACUGUACACGCACAACCGGACUUCAACCUUGAUUGGCCGCGAUUUCCCUGAAGAUCGAUUCCUCCAAAUCCGCAUCUCUCUCAACCAGGAAGCCAAGGAGAAAAAUCUCCCACGGUACUUGACCUGUUGGGAUGUACUUGGAAUACCCAAGCCAGACGAUCUUUGCGACAAGCAACCGAUUAAGCCAAGCGAUGCUCGUGGCAAGCAACCCGAUAACGUUCAACGCCCUCUCCACCCACUGACGCCAGUUGCCGCCAAUGGAGAUCGCCGUGGAGAGAGUGAAAGUGGUAGAGAUGCGCCGUUGCGAUUCAUUCUGGACCCGGCAUUGGCGGCGGAGGAGAAAAAACAGGUUUCGGAGUACUUCAAGGAUGAGACGGAGGAGUACGAGGUCGAGGAGUGA